AUGGGGAAGGGGGUUGGACGUGACAAAUAUGAGCCUGCGGCCGUCUCGGAGCAUGGCAACAAGAAGAAGAUGAAGAAGGAGAGGGACAUGGAUGAGCUGAAGAAAGAAGUGUCUAUGGAUGACCAUAAGCUGAGCCUUGACGAGCUUCAUCGCAAAUACGGAACGGACUUGAGCCGAGGCCUGAGCACGGCUCGGGCUGCCGAGAUCCUGGCCCGCGACGGCCCCAACGCCCUCACCCCCCCUCCCACCACCCCCGAGUGGGUCAAGUUCUGCCGCCAGCUGUUCGGGGGGUUCUCCAUGCUGCUGUGGAUCGGAGCGAUUCUCUGUUUCCUGGCUUACGGCAUCCAGGCUGCCACGGAAGAGGAGCCUCAGAAUGACAAUCUGUACCUCGGCGUGGUGCUGUCGGCGGUCGUCAUCAUCACCGGCUGUUUCUCCUACUACCAAGAGGCCAAGAGCUCCAAGAUCAUGGAAUCCUUCAAGAACAUGGUCCCGCAGCAAGCCCUGGUGAUCCGCAACGGUGAGAAAAUGAGCAUCAACGCGGAGGAGGUGGUGGUCGGGGACCUGGUCGAAGUGAAGGGCGGCGACCGGAUCCCGGCUGACCUCAGGAUCAUCUCUGCCAACGGCUGCAAGGUGGAUAACUCCUCGCUCACCGGCGAGUCGGAGCCCCAGACCCGGUCUCCCGACUUCACCCACGAGAACCCCCUGGAGACCAGGAACAUCGCCUUCUUCUCCACCAACUGCGUGGAAGGCACUGCCCGCGGCAUUGUCGUGUACACCGGAGACCGCACCGUCAUGGGGAGGAUCGCCACGCUGGCCUCGGGGCUGGAGGGCGGCCAGACGCCCAUCGCCGCGGAGAUCGAGCACUUCAUCCAGCUCAUCACGGGCGUGGCCGUGUUCCUGGGCGUGUCCUUCUUCAUCCUCUCGCUCAUCCUCGAGUACACCUGGCUGGAGGCCGUCAUCUUCCUCAUCGGGAUCAUCGUGGCCAAUGUGCCCGAAGGUCUGCUGGCCACCGUCACGGUGUGUCUGACCCUCACGGCCAAGCGCAUGGCCCGGAAGAACUGCCUGGUGAAGAACCUGGAGGCCGUGGAGACGCUGGGCUCCACGUCCACCAUCUGCUCCGACAAGACCGGCACGCUGACGCAGAACCGCAUGACCGUGGCCCACAUGUGGUUCGACAACCAGAUCCACGAGGCCGACACCACGGAGAACCAGAGCGGUGUUUCCUUCGACAAGUCUUCGGCCACCUGGCUCGCCCUGUCCAGGAUCGCCGGCCUGUGUAACCGCGCCGUGUUCCAGGCCAACCAGGAGAACCUGCCCAUCCUGAAGCGGGCGGUGGCGGGUGACGCCUCCGAGUCGGCGCUCCUGAAGUGCAUCGAGCUGUGCUGCGGGUCCGUGAAGGAGAUGAGGGAGCGGUACCCCAAACUCGUCGAGAUCCCCUUCAACUCCACCAACAAGUACCAGCUGUCCAUCCACAAGAACCCCAACACGGCCGAACCCCGGCACGUGCUGGUGAUGAAGGGGGCCCCGGAGAGGAUCCUGGACCGCUGCAGCUCCAUCCUGCUGCACGGCAAGGAGCAGCCGCUGGACGAGGAGCUGAAGGAUGCCUUCCAGAACGCCUACCUGGAGCUGGGCGGCCUGGGCGAGCGUGUGCUGGGCUUCUGCCACCUCCUGCUGCCGGAUGAGCAGUUCCCCGAAGGGUUCCAGUUCGACACGGACGAGGUGAACUUCCCCGUGGAAAACCUCUGCUUUGUGGGGCUCAUCUCCAUGAUCGACCCUCCCAGGGCCGCCGUCCCCGACGCCGUGGGCAAGUGCCGGAGCGCUGGGAUCAAGGUCAUCAUGGUCACUGGGGACCAUCCCAUCACCGCCAAAGCCAUCGCCAAAGGCGUGGGCAUCAUCUCCGAGGGCAACGAGACCGUGGAGGACAUUGCUGCCCGCCUCAACAUCCCCGUGAGCCAGGUGAACCCCAGGGACGCCAAGGCCUGCGUGGUGCACGGCACCGACCUGAAGGACAUGACCUCCGAGCAGCUGGAUGACAUCCUCAAGUACCACACGGAGAUCGUGUUCGCCAGGACCUCCCCGCAGCAGAAGCUCAUCAUCGUGGAGGGCUGCCAGCGGCAGGGCGCCAUCGUGGCCGUGACCGGUGAUGGUGUCAACGACUCCCCCGCUCUGAAGAAGGCGGAUAUCGGGGUUGCCAUGGGGAUCGCCGGCUCGGACGUGUCGAAGCAAGCUGCCGACAUGAUUCUCCUGGAUGACAACUUUGCCUCCAUCGUGACCGGAGUGGAGGAAGGUCGCCUCAUCUUUGACAACUUGAAGAAAUCCAUUGCCUACACCCUGACCAGUAACAUUCCAGAGAUCACCCCCUUCCUGAUAUUUAUUAUCGCCAACAUUCCGCUGCCGCUGGGCACCGUCACCAUCCUCUGCAUCGACCUGGGCACGGACAUGGUCCCCGCCAUCUCCCUGGCCUACGAGCAGGCGGAGAGCGACAUCAUGAAGAGACAGCCCCGAAACCCCAAGACUGACAAGCUGGUGAAUGAGCGGCUCAUCAGCAUGGCCUACGGGCAGAUCGGUAUGAUCCAGGCCCUGGGCGGCUUCUUCACGUACUUUGUGAUCCUGGCCGAGAACGGCUUCCUCCCCAUCAACCUGCUGGGCAUCCGCGUGGACUGGGACGACCGCUGGGUCAACGACGUGGAGGACAGCUACGGGCAGCAGUGGACCUACGAGCAGAGGAAGAUCGUGGAGUUCACCUGCCACACGGCCUUCUUCGUCAGCAUCGUGGUGGUGCAGUGGGCCGACCUGGUCAUCUGCAAGACCCGGCGGAACUCCGUCUUCCAGCAGGGCAUGAAGAACAAGAUCCUGAUAUUCGGCCUCUUUGAGGAGACGGCCCUCGCUGCUUUCCUUUCCUACUGCCCCGGGAUGGGAGUCGCCCUGAGGAUGUAUCCCCUCAAACCUACCUGGUGGUUCUGUGCCUUCCCGUACUCCCUCCUCAUCUUCGUGUACGACGAAGUCCGAAAGCUCAUCAUCCGGCGAAGCCCUGGAGGCUGGGUGGAGAAGGAGAGCUACUACUAG